AUGGAUAGGUCUGAGGCGUUGAAGUUUUUGCGACGAAAGGAUUCCAUUCUAGAAAAUCCUGCAGUCCAAAAUACGGCUGUGAAAACCGGUGAAGAUGGUUCCGCUUCCGAUGACGACGAGAACACUGAGGAUCCAGCCAAAUUAUUGAUUGCAAAUUACAAAGGUGCAAUAGAGUUUCUUUUUGAAAUCGGCACUUGGCUUACUUACACCGACGAUGAUGCUCAAUCAACUCGAAACAUUAUUGAAUCCGUUGUUAUGGAGACCAUUUUGCAGAACUAUGACCGCUCCAAAGCUAUCAAGUGCCUCACUGAUGAUAACGUUUCUGAUACCAUGGAGUGGCUAAGCCAAAUGAUCGAAUCUCCAACCUGGCGUCAGACUAUUUACGAAUUGGCUCAGCAACCUCGCAACGAGGACUGCCCCUUCCUCUCGCUCGCAAUGCCCUGCAUAGCGGUCAAAGACGAACUCAUUGGCGAGUUGAUUUCAGUUCCCUUGGCUUGGAAUACGCUUGAGAUUUUCCUCAAGUGCGUGGCCUACAUCCUCCACCCCCUGCUAACUGCCGAUGCCGAUCUGAUUGACGAUGAUUUGUUCCUACACGACAUCGCCUUUCUUAAACCUGUCGUGAAGUCAUCCAUACAACCCACGGUCCAGUCGCUGCAGCAACAGCAGCAGUACCAGCUGGACACGAUAGUCAACUCCGAUCGGGUGGACAGUGAGGUGGAUCCAAACAAAAAGCGAAUUUACCAAAUUCUCCGUCACUUCUUGGAUAUGGGUUGCCACAGUGAACACACUUACCUAAUCAUCCAAUCCGUGUUGCAAUGCCUCAUCCGCCAGAGGAAGGACAAUUCAGCGAAGCGCCUCAGUUGGCUCCUCGAGUCGGAGGCGACCAGGCGACAUCGCGACGUCAGUCGGUACAGCGUCUACUUUUGCUUUGCGCGCGACUACCCCACCGAAGUGGCUGCCAUGCGGGUCAUCCUAUGUGAACAAUCGCUUGUUCCCCAGCAUGUAGAUGUGUUGUAUGAGUCCUACAGGGCCGAGGCUCCUCCUCCAGUCAACCUUAUUCGCCAGCCCCUCUUUAUUGUAAUGCUUGCUGAUGCCUUGUUUGCGAAUCCGGAGCGUCUGCUAAGCAAACAGCAGGAGUGCUACGCCUACAUCUACGCCUACGCCUCAGUUACCGUGGAAGAAGUGGACUGUGACACCGAGCGUCGCAUCCACUUGGACCGAUCUCGAGUCUCUGAGGCGAAUAAGGAGGUUCUUGAAGCUAGUCGUAUCUGCAAGCACUGGAACAACAUGACGGGAAGCGGAGUCAGCCUGCGGGCGUUUCGUGACCUGCCCAACCUCCUGCAAUGCCUCAACCACAGGGCAGUCGCCUUCGGCGUGUUCCGCUUCCUCUGGGUCAUCUUCCGCUCAAAACGCGUUGACUUUGAGCUCAAUCUGGAGACCAUGAAACCCUACUGCAUCGUGGUGAACGAGCUGGCCAGUGUUAAUCCAUUUAUCAGACCUGCCAUACUCUCAUCUGUCACCGACUUACUCGGCUCCGUAAUGGAGGGCAUGGAGGACCUAAGUCAGUUGGAGUACAAGCGAAUGUUGGUUGGGUUGCUUGUUCAUCUUGUCACUUGCGGUUACGUUCUGCCUACCAUCAGGACAAUGCACUCGCUCUUCGACAGGAACCGCGUGGAUGUUUCCAUUGCCAGACACUUUGUCACAGAACUCUUAAAUGUUGCUGCUCCGCCAUACGAUGUGGCUUUCAUGAACUGCUUCUACCCGCUUGUCUCCCAUCCACACAUCGUCGACGGCCUUCAGGCGGGCCGAAAUACCGAUCUCGUGAAGGAAUUCAUAGGUGAGUUCCUGCCCCAUGGUGCUCUCUGUGCGGCACCUCGACCUUAA